CGCUGCACUUUGGGGUAAAACUAGUGAGUCAUCAGAUUAUGGAUUCUGGCUACCUACUCAUGCUAUUGAUGGAUUGUUAAACACCUGGGCCCACACCAAAUUAGAGACUGACCCCUGGUGGAGAGUGGACCUACUGAAAGUCUACAGAGUGAACAGAGUCACCAUCACCAAUAGAUUUGACUAUGCUUCUAGGAUUAACGGGGCAGUGAUUCGUAUUGGAAACUUUCUGAACGUUUACAGCAACACCGUAUGCGGUGUGAUUUCCACUCUUGCGGACAGUGCCACAGCCACUUUCUCAUGCGGUGGGAUGGUGGGACGUUACGUGGUUAUUCAUCUUCCUGGAGACGAAAAGUUUCUUACCCUUGCUGAAGUUGGAGUCUACGGGUAUUUGGCAGGAAAUCGUGCAGUAGGAGCAGCCGCAAUUCAGUCUUCAACAUUUGCGGACUGGUUUGCUGAAAAGGCCAUUGACAGUAAUCGCGGCUUCCAGCAGUUAAAUACAACAUGCACCUCAACCCUUAAUGAGUCUAACCCAUGGUGGAGGCUGGAUCUGCUUGACGUUUAUCGAGUUCGAGAAGUGGUCAUCACUAACAGAAAUGACAGCUAUGCAGAACAAAUAAACGGAGCGGAAAUUCGCAUUGGAAACUCUUUGGAGAACAACGGCAGCAACAAUCCUAUAUGUGCUGUUAUUUCUACUAUUCCAGCAGGUGAGUCCUACAACUUUUCAUGUAAUGGGAUGGUGGGACGUUACAUGAUUAUUCGUAUUCCUGGGGAUUGUGAGAUUCUUAGUCUUUGCGAGGUUGAAGUCUACGGAUCCUUGGCAGAAAAUGUAGCAGUACUUGGUGCUGCUAUACAGUCAUCAACAUCUGGGGCCUGGAUUGCUGAAAAUGCCAUUGAUCGAGGUCUCCAGCAGUUGUAUACAAAAUGUUCCUCAACACUCAGACAGACUAACCCAUGGUGGAGGUUGGAUCUGUAUGAUAUUUACAGUGUUAACAGAGUGGUCAUUACUAACAGAAGAGACUGCUGUGCAGAACAAAUAAACGGAACAGAGAUUCGCAUCGGGAACUCUUUGGAGAACAACGGCAACAACAAUCCCAUAUGUGCUGUUAUUCCUGCUAUUCCAGCAGGUGAGUCCUACAGCUACUCAUGCGGUGGGAUGGAGGGACGUUACGUGAACUUAAUCAUUCCUGGAGACAUGAAGUUACUCACUAUGUGUGAGGUGAAGGUCUAUGGAGAAGGUCCUUGUUUAAAAAAAACGUUUGUAAAAAUUCAGUUUAAAUCCAGCAAUGAUUUGACCAACCCUACAAUGAGAGAAAAUGUUCUGAAACAGUUGGGAUCUGCUCUAGCAGCUAGAGGACUGACAGAUGUGAUUCUGCAUUGGUCUCAAACCCCUAAUCGGGUGAUCAAGAAAGUGAAUGCAGCUAAUCCAAAAUGUCAUUGAAGUAGGGGAAAUGAAUACUCUGGAAAUCAACACUGCCUAAUUCACUACAUUGAUAUUCAUUAAAGAUUAUAUUUUCAUAUUCAUUAAAGAUAUAUUUUCAUUCAAAUUACACUGACUGAAAUUUCUUCAUGUUUAAAAUGUGAAUACUUUUAAAGCACUUCUGCUUACUUCCCUGAAGAAUUGAUGUAAAACUUUCUUGUGUAAUUAUGUAUUGUCAGCAAAUAAAGGUAGCAAUAAAUACUGUAUAAUUAAACUUAACAUGACAGUUUUCUGUAUAUUCA